CAAAAGUCACAAGAGCACAUCAAAGCUCACUUCCAAAACUAAAAACACAGGGCAAUCUCUGUCAGGCUAGCCUUUUACAGCUCACCAUCAUUUGCUCUCUCUUGCUUUGAGCUGGCUAUAGCACCCAUUCCAUCAGAUCCAUAUUGUUUAUUUACCUUUUUCCCAUCUUCAAUUGAUAAGUUUCAUCAAAGAGUAUUUCACUGUCAGUUUGGUUCAUUACCAAGCGCUUGGUUAUUUCAAUCUCAAAUUAUCUCCCUCAUUACCACAAUCUCAUCCUGCUUGAUGAUAAUUGUGCUAUCAUAAAGAAGAAACUAUGUCACAAAUCCCUGAUGACAGACCUCAAACAAAUACAACAAAUCUAGAUGCAAACAAUGGGAAUAUUCAACCUAACGACUCCAAUAAAGGAGCGACAGAUUACUGGGGCACAGAUAUGUUGAGCCCUGAGUUUAAUUUCCUCAAUGUUCCAGAGGAAACUUAUAAUUUCCUCCAGUCAGGCCCAUCAUUGAAUGAUAGAAAUGCACCUUCACCAAGUCUAUUCAAUAAUAAUACAGGUAUCUCAAACAUACCGUCAAAUCCUUCAAGUGCACAAGGAACUCCUGUUGAAUCAAAUGCUCCUGCAAAGACUGAACAACAAAACUUUUUAUUAAACCAUUAUCAAAAUCUAUUAAAUCAAAGUAAAGUUCCAAUGAAACAAGCUUUAUCCCCAAAUUCCUAUGCUUCUCCAACCGCAAAUAGUACCAACUCCCAUACAGCUGGCUCCCCAUCCUCAAAUAUACCUAUUAAUCAUCCUUUACAUCCUGAUAAUGUUCAAAAAUCACUACAACAGCAACAGCAACAAGCCCAAUCAUUUCAACAACCACAAUCAUUAUUUCAAGAAGCUUCACAAACGACCAAAGGUAACCCUAAUCCUUGUGAUCAUUGCAGAAGAAGACAAAUUAAAUGUAUCACGGUGCCCAAUCUGUCAAACUGUGUUCAAUGUGAAACAAAAGGUAUUAAAUGUACCCAUUCAGAAAGUCCGUCAAACCCAGCUUUGAAAAGAAAUAUGGGAAUGGUUCAAGAUACCAAUGAAUUCAAUAAAAGACCUAGAUACUCGGUCAAUCAAGUACAAAAACCAACCUUCCCACAAGUUCAAAAUUUCAAAAAACCUCAACCAACAUUACAAUAUCCAAGAUCAUCAUUUUUCGUUGGGUCUUCCUCGAUGUUUGACCAUUCUUUAUUGAAUCGUAUAAGGCUGGACAAAAUAGAUCAAGUUCAAUUGAAUCCAAAACUGUCAUUAAGAAAAGUUUCUAAUGAUGUUCAAUUCAUAUUAAGAGAUGAUUAUACUGAUGAAUUGGCACUGAGUGCUGAUCGAAAUGUUGAUGCUGUGGAGAAUAUAGUGGCACCUCAUGGACAAUCACUAGUGAAUACUUAUUUCAAAAUCAUACAUCCAUCAUUCCCAAUAUUGCAUAGAAAAGUGUUUUUAGAAAAAUAUGCAAGAUCUUAUAGAGAAUUUUCAGCUCCACUAUUAGCUGCAGUUUAUUCAUUAGCAAUUCAAUGGUGGGACCAAGAUCCAAAUUUAGCUCAACAUCAGAAACCUGAUAUUGAUGCAUUAAAUUCCAUUGCAUUACAAACAUUUACUGAAGUUACUGAAAGACCAAGAUUGAGUGCAGUUCAAGCUGGAUUAUUAUUAUUGCGUUGUCGUUCUGAAAACCCAAAUAAUUGGAUACUAUGUCAACAAGUUGUUUCAUUAGCUGAGGAAUUGGGGUUAGGUCUUGAUUGUCAGAAUUGGAAGUUACCUAAAUGGGAAAGAGGUUUACGUAGAAGAUUGGCAUGGGCUGUUUGGAUUCAAGAAAAAUGGACUUCAUUGAUUGAAUCAAGAGUUUCACAUUUUGUUAUUGGUAGAAACUGGCUUGUCAGGAAUGUUACAAAUGAAGAUUUCCCAGAACAUCCUUCAAGAAGACAAAAUCAAGGAGAUGAAGAUUACAAAUCUAUGAUUAAUGACAUUGAGAAUGGGAAAUAUUUAUUCAAAGAAAUGAUUGAGUUGAGUUUAAUUAUGGGUGAAAUUAUGGAAACUUUUUAUUCAUAUUCUGCUUUACAAAAUGUUACAAGAAUUGAUCAAGUACUGAAGUCAGCUAAACCAUUACAAUUACAAUUGAGGCAAUGGUACCAUUCCUUACCACCAGGUUUACAAAUGAAUGCUGUCCAACAAGAAAAAUUAUGCUCAAAUGGGUAUCUUCAUUUAUCAUAUUUUGCUACAGAAAUUACAUUACAUCGUAAAAUUAUUUUAAGUUUAGGAGAAGAUACACCUCCAGAAUUGGUCAAAGUUUGCAGAGCAGCUGCUACAACAAGACUAACUGCUGUUAUUGAUUUUGUUAAAUCUUUAAAAAGGGAGCACAUUUAUGCAUAUUGGAAUGCUCCAACAACAAGUAACUUUGCCAUUGUUGGUACGUUUGCAGCAGUAUUAUACGUUACUGCACCAAGUCCACAAGAAGCUUCAGUCUACAGAGAACAUAUCAAUGUUUAUAGAAUGUUGUUGUAUAAAUUGAGCAGAUUUUUCAAACAAGCAUUUGAGGCAUUGAAAAGAAUUGAUAUGUUGUUGAAUCAUAUUCCAGGAUUAAUUAAAGAACCUUCACAAAUGAAUGAGAUGAGCCCCUUAUCAAACAUGUCACAAUCACCAAAUAAUAAUUUUCAAGCAUUAUCACCAUAUUUGAGUCAACAGAUGAAUGCUAAUUUACCAAAUACCCAAAAUAUGCCAAAUAAUCAACCAGAUAUGAACAAGAAUAAUAAUAAUAUUAACAGUAAUAAUAAUAAUAGCAACAAUGUCAAUAGAAGAAGUGGGCCACCUGUUACAACAGUUAAGAAGGAAUCUUUCACUGAACCUUCAAAUUUGAGUCCAAGUGCUAUGAGUGAAUCUGCAAGAAGUUUCAAGAAUGGAGGGACACCAGUGACAAAUACUAAUCGUUCAAAUGCUAAUAGUCCUGUUGAUAUAAGAAUGAGUGGGAAUGCUGGACAAACUCCAAAUAAUUGAGAAAAAGAAGAUGUAUUACUGUAUUUAUUAAGCUUAGUCACCCC